UUCAGCGAUCGGAUCAAUCUGAUCUUAUACUUGGCGGUAACUAAGCAUUAAAUCUGUCAACAAUCGCCAUAUUGGGUUUUACUUAAUAAUAACAUCAACACAAGUCUCGCAGUGAGAUUGGUCUCUCCCUAAUUGAGGGUCUGUGGUCAUUACCAGAAGUGAGAGAUAGGAAAUACGCUGUAAAAACAUGCCUCCAUUAUCCGAAACAACCCAGAAAGUAUAGAAUGUCUUUUUGAUUUGGUGGUAUCUUUUCUUUCAUAGUGUAUAUUACAUCCAAUAUUUUGAACUCCCAGUGGACCUGAUUGGGCAGACGAGACAACAAUAUGGCGUACUUAGACGCUGUCAAUCUUCACACACUUCCGGCCAUCAACUCCACGCGGCCACCGGGGCCCGAGCCGUCCUCCAUUUUAUUUUGCCAGGGGCCGCAGUGGACGUGGAGGUACCAACGCAACCGCAGUUUGGACAAACUGGACGACCGCUUUAUGUACAAGGACCAGGGUCCGCCCAUGUACCGCCUCCUGGGGGCGCACUACGGCAUGUACCCCAUCCCCAACAAGACCGACUUCCACACCUACGCUAGGUCGUACCACUACGAGACACGUGGGAGCACAAGACCGGAUGUGAGUAACGGAGCAGUGACAUUUCCGCCGGGACCACCUCCUCCACAAGUCGCCAUGUUUGAUGGGUUGACUACAUCGCCAACAAAAUCUUUAAGUCCUGACAAAGGUGAUAUGGCCUACUCGAGAGUGGACACGUUGAUGGUCUGGGACAAGUAUCGCUACCUGCCUGGCCCACCCCCUGAGGCACAGAUGUAUCAAGUUUAGAACCAGUCUUUGGGAAAUCUAUUAACCGCCAUCACUUUCGUUCAUGUACAUCAGCUGUUUCAAACCGCGUGCUUUCUAUAUUUUUUUUUUGGCAAUGACGUAAUGGAGUUAUCGAUCUUACAUUUUGGACAACAUAGCAUCUGGAAGCGUGACGUCAUCAGUGCUUACUCCAUAGAAAAUUAUGCAGCUGGCCGAGAGAAGCUUACUGGACAGACAUAGAUCUAGGUCUAAAUGCCGUGUAGAAGAAAGACAACCUCUGACCCUAAUUGCUGGCAACAAAUGCAGAAAUAUAUUUACAAAAAAUUGUCAUGUGUGAGAGAAAUACAUUUUAGUAGUCCACAGUCGUUCAUGAUUCAUUUUUUUUUUAAAUUGUCUAUUAGGAUUCAAUUUCAAUUUCAAUUAUUAUUUACUACAAAGGUGUUUUAAUAGUGUCACUGUACUAGAACGUAGGACGUAAGCAUCAUCUCUUUUUGAAGUGACGUCUGUAUUUUUAUACUUUUGGAAGAGUCAAGGGUAAUAUACCCUUUCGUUUAUAAUAAAACAUGGAGAACUGUAGAUAUUUUUGUAGAUAUGUUUGCGUGGUCUUCAGUGGAAUACAACAUACACACACAUACAGGGUGACGAAACAAAACGACAUUCAAACUGGAGUUCCCAUGAUGCCACACAGUCACACACACUUAUUAUUUGUUUCGUCAAGAUGUUCAUUCUAGAAGAACUUCGCCUUUUCUAUUAUUAUUAUUAUUAAAAACAAACUAAUAUUCAUUCUCUGGCACUGCCAGGAUCAAGCCUCGUUAGAGAGAAAUAAAAUUUAUAUUAGUCUCCCUUUAACAGUGUUCACUGAGAAAUUGUUGAUGUGGCAGGUCUGAAGCACUAACGCCGUCUGGCAACGAGAAUCUUCUUAGGGAUGUCAAGGGCUUUGAGGUGUCAGUUGUUACCCACGGUUUAUAUAACAGGGUAUAAAGCUAUUUUAGACAACUUGCAUAAUCACUUGAGCUCUAAUUUGACAUUUGAGGUUCCAAUAUUUUCUUUUCCAUUUUUAUUUCAGUCUUCUUAAUAUUUUGGGAUAGUGACACGGCGAUGUCAAUGGUGGUGGCUGUUUUACUUUUUUGUCAAUAAACAGCAGAUCUUUUUAUUUUACCUAUUCCUUAGUCUGGACCAUUGGGGCACCAAGCAAGACUCGUCGACCGUCUUCCUCCAUUCCUCCCUGUCUUUUCCCUUGUUUAGAACCUCUUUCAAUGGCAGGCCCGUCCAUUGUUUUAUGUUGUCUUCCCAUCGCUUUCUCUGUCUGCCUAUCCAUCUUUUUUCUGGUACUGUUCCCUGAAGGAAGGUCUUAGCGAGCCCUGAGGAUCUUGUAAUAUGGCCAUAGAUUUUAAUCUUGCGUUUUUUUACUAUAGUUAGCAGGUCAUCAUGGGGUCCGAUCGCUGCAGUAACCCUGUCUCUAAUCUCUUGGUUUGUGACGCGGUCUUUGAACGUGAUACAUAGGAUCCUUCUGUAGAUCAAGGCGAUUAAAAUCCACCUUUUUUUUCAAUCAAAAUUGACCUAUCCCAGUGUAAUAAGUAAUUGGUUGACUCGAGAACCUCUUGUUGCGAGUAAGUGUCAAAGCCAGGUGUUGAUGGAUUAAUGUUUCAACUUGGUUAUGGCGACCUAUUAUUAUUUUUAUCAUGAGCUAUAUUACUACACCAUUUUAUAAAGUGUAAUAUAAACAUGUAAAUGAACCAUAUAUAGGACAAAUACUUUGUUCGUUCGACUGUAAUACAUUUUUACCACCUUUUGUAUAUUUAUACAUCUCUGUACGGUUUGAAGUGUCAGUAGAAAUUAAAUCCAAUGUCUACAUACAA